GGAGUACGACCCGUCGCAAGACGAGCAACGGCAUCCCAAUUGGCAGGAGCAAGACGCCGAGCUUUGUGAAGAUGCGGGCGGGACGGCGGCUGUUCCAAUCAGCUAUGCAGGUGAGCAAGAAGUGGCGCUGGCGGAAGAGCCGCAGUACUAUAAAAAUUGCGACGAGUUGUACAACACUAACCACGACUCGGAAUGUGGCAAUGGGCCACAACCGGCGGGGACUGAUGAACAGCAAUGGUACAUAGAUUACGGAGGACGAGCGGAGCAGCAAUACAGUUCCGACUACAAAAAUCCGGGAUUCGAACUAUACAAUGAUCACGGCUACGGCUACCAAAAUGAUCAAUACGAAGAUCAUUAUCAAGACGAACCUCAUAUGCCUUCUAUCCUGAGUAAAAACGUACCCACACCAGAGUCAAGAUGGAAAAUCUGCUAGACAAAUCGGCCAACUUUGCUUGUUUCGCAUGACAAAUUUGGACGCGUAGUGUAGUGCUGUUUGAGCUAGUUCAGCAGCAUCACAGAUCUAGUCUCUCAUGCUGAUUGGAGCAUGACAAAUUUCAAAACACCCUUAGAAAAUGCUUCUCAUGGGGCUCCGCAUGACAAACAUUUUAAGCAUGCAGAUUUGCAUGACAGCUAUGGCGUGGGUACGGUUUUACUCAGGAUGCCUUCUUGCCACAUUGAGGAAGUUCUCUCCGACCAAGAGCAGGAGGGAAUCGACGCCGCAGAUGCCGGCUGCGGCGCAGGGGAAAGCGACAGGACAAUAAACCGAGCGAAGGAGGAGCACACUGAAGCUGCUUCUAGCAGUUGCUCAUCACCCGCCGGGCAAAUGGAAGAACGCGCAGAUUUGUUGAAGCCGGCCUGGGUUUGGCCACAAGCGGAGCUGGGCCAGCUUUUAGACAAGAUGCAGGCACCGCCGCAGCUUCACGCGGAGCGGUUUCUGGUGGAGAGCUACUACGAAAAGCAGCUUUUCGAAUUAAUCCGCGUCGGGGCGAACGAAAUGCCGCUUGGUAUCAAGUGUAAAAAUGUCUGGGUCUGGAAGAAUGCGCGACUUGUCAUGCUUCUCUGGCAUGACUCUUAAACCUGUCAUGCAGGUUACCCAAGAGCCCCAAUUUCCUGUCAUGCAAAAACGCAGUUUGUCAUGCAGAAUAGGCAACACCUAGAAGCUCAGAAACUUGUCAUGCUGAGCCAGCACUUAUGGCUUCCUCAUGAUACACCACCCAGCAUCACAAGUUUCCAGACCCAGACACUUUUACAAUCCAUACUUGGUACUAGUAUACGAUUACGAAGAGGAGCGAGGACCGCUAUAUUUGUUUUUGAGCAAGAGAGUUACGACUACGAGUUCUGUGCACUGUUUGAUAUUGCAAAGCGACUCUUCUUACUCUGAGCCAGCGCCAGAGCCACCAUUAUAAGUAGUUGAAUAUAGAAAAAACACAAAAAAGCCGCACUCCAGCUUACGCUGAAAAAUUAUCAGCAUUAUCUAUCAAUCCCACUACAGAUCAUUUCUACUGCGAGCUCUCUGCGACUUUCUGGUCCAGAGUUGUGGACUCAUCUGACUUAUCACGUGUAAAAAUGUCUGGGUCUGGAAGGUUGGAACUUGUAAUGCUGUCUUUGGAAUCUAAAAAAAUCUGUAUUGCAUGACCAGCAAAGGGAGUGUGAUUUUUGCUACGGGAAGAGGGCAUUUGUCAUGCGGAAUAGGCAUCAAGAAGCCCUCAAAAAAAGUCUGACGCUAGGGCAUGCAUCACAGACAUCAUGGCUCAUGCAAAAUUUGCAUGACAAGUCUCAGAAUCUUCCAGACCCUGACAUUUUUACAUUUGAUACGACUCUGACCGAAUGACCAUGUUUUGGACGAAGCUGUGCGCGCGACUUCGCCGUUUCUUGUACGACCAGCCGGAGUUGAACCGAUUUUGGCACCAGAGCUACUUUCAGAAACACAUCCUCGCGGACUUCCAUCGGCGACAAGCGGAGCACGGGAACUUUGGCAGAGUGGAAAAGCACAAGGAAGUGAGGGCGAAUGCGGACAAGGUUGUCGCGGACGUGAUGUUUCUCGGAGGGCUGACUAUGCAAUGCAAAAGAAUCGUGCUAGUACAAAUUGCAUAUACAAAUUUGCUCAGGAGCAUGACAGUGCUGUUUUACCUUAGGAAGAAGAUUUGUCAUGCAUAUUUGCAAUUAAAGUACGAUUACGAUACUUUUGCACAUGAUACUGACAAGGGAGGAGCAGUUGGACUUCCAGCCAGACAUUGGCAACGGGUUUGUGCAGGUGCUGAUGCAAAACACGUGGGAUGUGUUGCAAAAGCAAGCAUCUUGCGUAACUACAGAAGGGACUACAACACCAGCAGGAGGAGCAGCUUCGUCCUCCUCCAGAGGUAGUACUCGCACUCCCACCUCCACCAGUACCAGGAUUCUGACCAAAAUCCAGUCCGGCCGCGCAAUCGCGAGCCUCGGGGCGUUGUGUGCGUAUUUGGAGACUUGCGGGCCGAAAGUGGACGGGUGUGAGCUGGAUAGAGCGCGGAGUUUAAUAUGGGAGUGUCAGAAUCGAAAUCGUUAAAAUUGAAAAAUCUGUAAUGCAUAAAAUGUUUGGCACGCAAAGCCUGUAUUGGGGAGCAGGCAAAUGAGACCGAUUACAAGCCUCUUUAGGGGAAGGCGAUGCGCUGCCAGAGUAGCAUGGUAGGAGCAGGCUUCUUUGCCGAAACAGCAUGACAGUCUGGAUUUUAGCGCUCUCGAAAUUUGUCAUGCGCCACUUGGAAACUGGGGCUCCAACCGGUAUCGAUUUUAUGCAUUACGAAUCAAUUCGAUUUUGUCAAUUUCGAUUCUGACACUUCCAUAUUUAACAGACGAAAUUUACAAACAUUUGGAGUUACUAGCAAGUGUCGUCGAUCGGUUCGACAAGAACGAGCUGCCGGAAACUUCGCGGUGGCACCUGCAGCAUGUGCUUGAGCUGCGGGAGAGUGGGUGGAGUACGGCGGAGGAGGAGAGAAACAACUUUUACCGGCCAGGAAUAAACUUCUAGUACUAGAGGGCAUGCUCUAGUUGUAGUCGAUUUCUGCUUGGACAGAGACAUGACUCGCUGCGUCGUGCCGCCCGUACGCUGCUUAGAUAGAAACGUUUUGAUGUUCUUGAGAUACUGAAAACACG